GCCAUUUUUUGAAGGAAACUAAUUAGCAGGAAUAAAGAGCCAAGUGUUUUUCCCCCCACAGUGAUCAGAACUCAUUCUACCUCUGGAGCUCGCACAAACCCCUCCGUCCCCCGUCUUCUGUUUACUACAGCCUAUAUGUAGCUUUAAUUACACUGUUGUUUGGUAACAACUUGGACCCCGCUGCUCUCUCUCCCUCUCCCCAUUUUUUCCUCCUGGCUCCGUACAAACGCAGAGGAUCAUUCAUAAGGAAUGAGUGGACUCUCUAUACGAUUGUUUUCUGGACUACUACACAUUCAGCGUACGGAGCUUUGUACCAGAGCCGCUGCAGAAAUGUGGGGUAGUAAUGCGUGGCAGCUGUAGCCUCUGGUAUGGACAGCGGUGAGGGAGGAGGAGGGGAUGGAGGGGGAGGAGAGGAGAGAGAUGCUGACCUCAGUCCCCAGGCUUUAUCUCUUCCUCUCCUGACCCUAGUGGUCAUUCCAGAGCAGGGGUCAUCCUCUCAUACCUCAGCCAUGGCCCCUGCCAAAGAGCCCCUGACCCUGCCUCAGCAGGAGGAGGAGGGCGCAGAGGGGUCCCAGGCUAGAGAAGAGACCCAGGGAGGUGAGCAGAAAGGAGGCCAACAUUCACAGGAGAAUGAAGCGUGUCAAAAGCAGGGGAUGGAGGAAGAUUUCGGGGAGGGAAAUUUGUCAGGGCAUAGGAAGGAAGAAGGGGAGGUGCAUGUAGGUGUGGGAGAGGCGUCAGUUACAGGGGGCCUCUCAGCAGCCCUUAGCAGCAGAGGGGGAGAGGAGGAGGAGGAUGAGGAGGAGGAUGAGGAGGAGGAGGAGGAGGAGGAGGAGGAGAAGGAGAAGGAAGAGGAGGAGGCCAUCUCAAACCAAAGCCAAACCAAAUCCAAAUGUUCUUUAUUACCUCAACAGAGCCAGCACAGCUCUUCUUCCAGCACUGCAAAGGCCAGUGGCACACUCAACAGCAAAAUAGCCGCCUCUCCAAAGCCCUCCCCCACUCCUUCCACCUCUCCAGAGCCCUCCCCUAUUCUUUCCACCUCUCCAAAGCACUUCACUUGUCCGUCCUCCUCUUCUGCCCUGCUGAGCGAGACAGAGGUAAAAGACAUUAAGGGAGAUCAGGGCUGGAUUUCUGGGUUUCCUCAGAGCUUUAAAUCCCAGCAGUCUACUCUGGCUUUUCCACUGGCAGGUACGGAGCCUGCCAGUACACUUGCUGAGGAUGAUGGGUCGGCAGGGGUUCCUCACUCUUCCAUUUCCAAUGGAGAUGGUGCCAAAGCUCCAGAACCAAAUGACAGCCAGCUAGACAUAGAGGUGGAUGACGAGAGAGACAAAGAAGAAGAAGAACAGAAAGAAGCUGUCCUUAAAAACCUCAACCAAGACCUCUCUCCUAAUUCACUGACCAGUCACAUGACCAUAAUGCACUCACGCAACUCCUGCAAGACGCUGAAAUGCCCCAAGUGUAACUGGCACUAUAAGUCUCAGCAUACCCUGCAAGUCCACAUGAAAGAGAAACAUCCAGAGACGGAAGGCCAGUGUGUGUGUGGCGCCUCCGGGGGAAAGUGUGUGUGCGGUGGUGCAACACGAGGUGUGUGUGCAUAUUGCAGUUCGGGGAAACCCCAUCCUCGCUUGGCCCGCGGUGAAACCUACGCCUGUGGCUACAAGCCCUACCGCUGUGAGGUGUGUGACUAUGCUACCUCAUCGAAAGGCAACCUCAGCAUACACAUGCAGUCGGAUAAACACCUUAAUAAUGUUCAAAAUGGGGGACUCUCGAAUGGUCAAAUGCUCACUACUCACAUUAUCAACAAUAGCAGCUCCUCCGACAGUCACGCAGUGGAUGAGCCCGCAUAUAAGCCCCCACUCUCUACUCCCACGCCUACUACCCAGCCCACCAAGCUCACACCACCUACACACACUCACACUCAUGGUAAGCGGUGGCGGUGUGAUGUGUGCGACUAUGAGACCAGCAUUGCCCGCAACCUGCGCAUACACACAACCAGCGAGAAACACACACAUAAUAUGCUACGGCUCCAGAGAGGUUACUAUCUGUCUCACUGCAGGAGUCUUGCCCCGCAGCUGAAACACCUACAAAACACAGGUGAGGGAUCUCUCUGUGUUUUAGGUGGUGAGCUCUCCUUGAACAUGCGACUGACCAGUCAACAAGUUGCAGAUCAGCCAGUCACCCUCGGGUCUACACUGACUCCUUCUCCCUCCCCCUCCCCCUCUCUGUUUCAAUGCCUUGUCUGCUCCUGCUUUUCGUCCGACAGCUUAGAGUCUGUGGAGCAGCACCUGAACGCCCCUCGCUCUCUGCCCCAGUCUGAGUGGUGCUCCCUCGUCGCAGGUGGCUGCCACUGCAGGCUGUGCGGCUACACCACCCCGCUGAGGGCUAACUUCUCCUUGCACUGCCAGACUGACAGACACCGCACCCGGUACCAGCUUGCUGCUCACCUCCAGGAGGGUGGGGACAGGGGUCAGGAGGGGGCUGCCCUUAUUGCUAAGGGCAACCCCGUCCAGCUGAGGUGCAACCUGUGUGACUACGUGACCAGCAGUUUGGACAAGCUACGGGCACAUUCCCUCAGUCCACACCACGAGGCCAGCGUCCGUGUUUAUCGAUUCCUGCGGCAGUAUGAUGGAGAGGUUGAUGGAGGUUCGUGGCUGUUCCAUUGUCUCUUAUGCAACCACUCCUCCUCUUCUAAACUCCAAGUACUGAAACACAGUCAAAUCCCAACCCAUCAGCAGAGGGAAGGCCUACUACAGCUGCAGCCAAUGGGCGGAGAGGAGCUAGCAGCCAUUUUUACCAUCAGGAAAAGACCUGAUGGUGUCACAGGAGAGCUCAGUGAGGAUAUGGAAACUUCCAGUGAGACCACCACUGGUCCUUUGGACACAACCAAAGACACUUGUAACUUGGAGGUGAAGCAGAUUUCUGAGGAGACAGAAGACACGAGGGAGGAGGAAAGAGAAAAGAGGGAUUCAUUGCCCUCAGUCAAGCGUCCAUCCUUUGGAUGUGAGGAAAUGGAAAACUCUAUCUCAACCAAACGCCCCAGAAUACACCAGCAAAAUCCUGAACCAGCAGACUGUCCACAUCUCACACAUGUGCACAGUGUGGCACAGGACUGUGUAGACAAGCUCAUCAGCACAGUCACACUAUCCAUGGAACAACCGCAGCCUCAGCUGCAGACGGAACCACAGACAGACGAUACUCAGAAAAAUAUUAACACCAAGAACAACAAUGCAAAUUGUUCCCCUACUGCUGAUUCCAGUGCCUCAGUUGAUUCACAGAAAAACAAAGGCAUUUCAGUGGAGAACACUGAGGGAGAUGUAGCCGCACCCAAAGAUGUCACAGCUCUACUCACCCCACCCUUAGAAGACAACACUACUCACCCUUCCAAUGGCAAACUGGCUCCUCAGUCCCCAACUCAGACCCCCCCCUCCUCCCCGCCCAGCGACCUCCCUCCCCUUUCUGAUCGCCAUGGUUACCGGUUCCGUUGCAGCAGGUGCAGCCUGGCGUUCCCCACUCAGGAGAAGCUCCAGCUGCACUGGCAGUACCAUGCCAUGAGGGCGGCGACAGAGUGCCCCCUAUGUUCUAGACAAUGCCGCAGUCAGGAGGCCCUGCAGAGACACAUGCAGAACACACACUCACAGCUGGACACACAGGGGCAGAAUACACUCUUACCACCUCACACUGCUCAAUACAUGGAGCACAAUAAGAGUUCAGUUCAACAAGAUUUUAGUUUAUCACCUCAAGUGGGUGAAGAAGCAGGAGAGGGUGAGGAUGAAGAGGUAGAGGAAGAAGCACUAGGCAUGGAGGGAAAGGAGGAACAAAAAGAAGAAGUACAAUUUAAAGAGAAGGACAUGGUCGGUGAAGUUGAUGGAGGUGAGGAGGAUUUAACUGAGCCAGAGAAAGAACCACAUGGGGAGAUAAUAUCAGAACCUACUUCCAGCUCUCUUAUCAGAAAGAGCAUUAACCCCACAAUGGACCGCUAUCUGGAUCCAACCAGGCCCUACAAAUGCACAAUAUGCUCUGAAUCUUUUACCCAGAAAACCAUCCUUUUGGUCCACUAUAACUCUGUAUCCCAUCUCCACCGGGCUAGACGAGCUCUUCAGGACUCUGGCACAGGUGUUGCUGCCCCCGAGGCGCCCCGUGGCCCAGAUCCUAGGCCCUACCGCUGCCGAUUGUGUGGAGUAGGCUAUAGCCAGAGCUCCACACUGGACAUACAUCUUCGCUCUGUCCUUCAUCAGACUAGAGCUCGUGCUGCCCAGAACUCAGCUCCACAGACCCCAGCAUCUAGCGUAGCUGCUCCAGUGUCAGUCCUUACUACUGCAACUCAAGCUGCUACCACCAGAGAAGAAACAUCUAAGAGUUUUCCUUUCACUAAGAGGCCAGAUGUAGUAAGCUCUUCAACCUCUUUACUACUAGGCCCUGGUUUAACAACCGAUGCCAAGCCAACCCUCCCUAAACCAACUGACAGCCAGCAAGCUAAAAAGAGAGUGGCAGAACUUAUAGCGUCAAGAAACCAGCUGAUGCUAAUACAACAGCAGCAGUUAGCCCAGGCUCAGGCACAGGCCCACGCUCAGUUACAACAACACACAGCGCUGCUCCAGUCCCAAUUGAUGCAGCACCUUCCUUUAGGGACAGAGAACCUCCUUAAACAACACUUCUCCCUGGCACCAGACAACUUGCUCUCUCUGCAGCAGCAACUUCUUCUACCCUUUUACUUGUCAGGAGACAUGAACCUUAACCCAGAGUUAACUGUUAAGAGCCUAGAACUUAGUCAGUUCGUAUGUGCCAAUUCCAUCCCAAAAGAACAGGUUAAGACAGAGAUUAAAAGGGAGUUCCAACCUCAAAUAGAAGAGACACAAACCCGGAGACAAAGUUCAAACUCAGCUGUUAGCCAACACAAGAAUCAUCUGCAGUGUGAAGCCAAGGUGGAAGCUGGCUACAGUAGAUCAGCAAACAACCAGUCAGAAAGAGAACAGAGCAAUACUUGUUUUGAGGAAGAAAAAGAAGAAAUGCCUGUUCCUACUGUUAAAAAUGAAAAACAGAAGGAGGAAACAGAUUCUUCCUCAUUUAAUGUUCUUGGAUUACAAUGUCCUCCUCCCAGAGUGCCCUAUGCUGCUGUGAAUGGGGAGCCUCUUCGAGCUCUGCUGCAGAGCUAUGGCUAUGAGUUGGCACUGCAAUAUAUACAAAGUAGACACAGACACCAACAGCAGAUACCAACUAAUAUGAUCCCAGAUAAACAGGAGUGCUCUGAUAUCAACACGAUGAAGGCAUGCUCAGAGGAAGAAAGAGUUAAGUUUAGUGGACUACUGGAUGGACAUAGUGAACGCUGUAACAAGGAUAACAAAGGAGUAGAGGGCAAUGGAGAGAUAGAAAGUUUGUCUCAGGAGAAAAGGCAGAAGGAUGAGGAAUCAGCAAACAAAGAGAAAGGAUGUUGUGAAAGAGGAGAAAAGUGCAGUGACUGUGGCAAGUUUUUUUCAGAUGCCUUGAUUUUAAAAAGUCACCGGGAGUACAUUCAUAGGAUGAUGUUACCAACUCCUGCACUGGAGAGGUUUUCCAGAGAAUACAGGAUGAAGUAUGACCAGAUGUACCCUCUCACACAGCCUAAAUCUGGGGAGAACUCAGCUGCUUCAGCUGCAGCCCCAGUCUCAUCCUCAGAACCAGCACUGGAACCAGUUAUUCCUCAAGUUAAAAGCCUUGCACUCUCCCCUGUACCUUCAUUUUCAGACUCCAUAACCAAAACAUGUACUCAAGCUACAGACCUAACACAUACUGCCCCCGGACAUUCUUCUCCUCCUUUUCCUUCAUAUCCUCAAGAAUUUCCUCAACAAGAUGCACCCAUUACAAGCACAUCUGCUACAGCUACUUCUCAAACCUCAUCUCCAGCUAAAGCCAUGCCUCUCACCUUACCUAAAAUACCUAUGCUUUCCUUGCCCCAGCUUCCUAUGGCCCCAAUGUCUUUACCUACACUUUCCCUACCCAACAUUAAUUUUUCCAUGGACCUACCUAUCCUCCCUUCAGUUGUGAUGCAGUCUGUGGGUCUCCAGCCCCAACCUUGGUUAGACUCAAGUGUGAACCCUGAGUUCGCAAAAUUCUACCAAUCUCAACUCAACACAGCACUGCUAGGGCAACAGCCACAGCUCAGCCCUUCUUUGCAAAGUCAGCUUUCACAGCUCAAUACUGCACUGCUGGGUCAACCAUCCCAACAAAGCCUCAUCCAAACAGGACUUCAACCCCAAGUCAGCCCAACAAUACAUGAACAACAGGGUAAGAGAACACGAACCCGAAUCUCUGAGGAGCAACUGAUUGUUCUGAGAAAACACUUUGAUAUUAAUAGCCUCCCCAGUGAUGAAGAGAUCGACAAGAUGUCUGCUCUGUCUGGUUUGGCUCAUAAAGUCAUCAAACACUGGUUUCGCAACACCCUAUUUAAAGAGCGCCAGCGGGACAAAGAUUCCCCUUACAAUUUUAAUAACCCCCCAACCAUAGCCCUGGAGGAGUCCAGAGAAGUAGCACAAAACCAGCCUCUGACACUUUCCCCAUGUUCACUGUCCCCAGGCCUUCCAGCCAAUACCUCCCCACAGUCCCAGACAGCAGACCUACAGAGAGAAGAGUCCCAUAGGGGCCGACGCUCUUCCCGAACCCGCUUUACGGAACAACAGCUGGAGACUCUGCAGGGGGUGUUUGAGUCAACUCCCUACCCCAGAGAGGAAGAAUACGACAAGUUGUCUGCUCUGUUGUCUCUCCCUAACAGAAUCAUUGUUGUAUGGUUCCAAAAUGCUAGGCAGAGAGCCCGCAAAAAUCAAGACCGAGGUACAGAUGAUGGUUUAGAGGGGAAGAACCAGCUUGACAACAUUCACAGACAGAGAAAUGGCUGCUACAAGAACGAUGAUGAUGAUAACAGCUGUGGGGAUGAAGGACACGAUGAAUCUCAGAAUGAAAACUCCAUGGAUCUGACUUAUGAGUAUUACACCAACCCUGACUCACCUGUCCUUGAUUAUCCCUCUCAAUGCACGGAAAGUGACCAUCUAACAGCCAAAGGUGAACCCAAACCUGUUACUAGGAAACAAGAAGAUAAAACAAUCUCUCCCCAGGCCAACAAGAGCCCAGUUCAAACUCAAAAUGGAAUUUCAGAUGCAGACAUCCAGCGUAAGGAAAUUGUUCAGGCCAUGAAAACAGGGUCCUCUUCAAAACCUGAGCCCAACCUGCAGCCAGAAAGUACUCUAGAAAGACCACAGCCUCGCCCUUCCUACUCUUCACAAAAAACAGUUCCCACCAUCGCAUCUACAGCUAAUUCCAGCCAGAGGCAUACUUACAGCCCUUCUUCUGAUCAAACUGUUGAAAUGCCUGCUGAUAUACCACCAAGCCUCCCGGCUGCUCCAGAGUCUGAAACAAGCCACAUUAGGCUGCCUGAUGCCUCCACUGAUCUAUCCACUGAAUCCCAGCUAAAACAGCUCCAACCCCAAACUCAGGCUCAGUUCCAGUGUAGUCUCUGCCCAGUGUCCUUGUCCUCAUACCAGCAGUGGCAAGAGCAUCAGACUAGACACCUCCUGGCAGCUCAGUCCCAGGUCCAAUUUCUUCACUCUGGCUUCACAGACCGAUCCAUGCCUUACAUGAUGCUCCACCCCAACCACACCCUGAUGGCCAGCCAAAUGCUUUCUGGUGCUAUGUCCCAGAUGCAUCCUAAUCCCACACAUCCCAUGAUUUCACACUUAAACAGCAUACAAAUUAAAAACACACUCUCUGAUCACUCGAGUAAUACCCUUACCAGCUUCUCUCAAAGUUCCCUGACACCCAUGAAGCAGAGUUCAAAGCUUAUGUCGGAGACUAGUUUUGAAAGCCAAAGAAGUGGUAGAGAAAUUGAGGAUGAUCACCGAAGGGAUAAGCGUCAGAGGACCACCAUCACCCCAGAACAGCUUGAAGUGUUGUAUCAGCGCUACAGCAUGGACUCAAACCCCACCAGAGGAGUCUUGGAAGGCAUUGCACGUGAUGUAGGCCUCACAAGACGUGUGGUUCAGGUGUGGUUUCAGAACACGCGAGCCAGAGAGAGAAAAGGACAGUUCCGGUCAAUGGGGCCAGGAUCCAGUUUCAGCUUGGGGUUGAACCACCUGCGCUGCCCAUUCUGCAGGGCUCUAUUCAAGGUUAAGAGUGCUCUGGAUGCCCAUAUGAGGUCACGCCACUGGGCAGAGGCUGAAAGAGCAGGCUACAACUUAUCGAUGAGUAAUGGAUCCAAUGGGCAGAUUGGGAUGACCAUGUCAUCUGUCAUGGACAGACCAGGCCCAUCUAUUGCCUCCAACCUCAUCCCAAACCAUGGCUUUGUCCUCAUUAACAAAGAGUUAACUAUGAAGCCACCGGGGACCUCUUUGUCUUCAACCACUGAUCUGAACAACCCUGAGGAGGAUGAUGACUAUGAGGAAGACGAUGAUGAGUACCCAUGUGAUGAGGGCUCCAGUAUGGCUGAUCAAGGGUCCCCUAGUCCUGAGGGAUCUGGGGGUCCAAGCUCAGAUUGGGGUGAGAUGCAAAGUCUGCAACAGCACCAACAUCAGCAGCAGCGCCAAAGGACACAGAUGAGCCACUUCCAGGUACUCCAGCUCAGAGACUUCUACAGGAGCCACCGUACCCCCAACCGACACGAGUGUGAGACACUGGGCCAGGAGUUGGGACUGCCUCACCGAGUAGUGCAGGUGUGGUUCCAAAAUGCCAGAGCCAAGGAGAAGAGGGCCAGGAGCCUGAGCUCUGACUCUGCAGAGAGGGAGCAGGCCGAGCUGUCCGCAGGGGCAGGGGAGAGAGACAGAGCUUAGAGAGGCAGACUACGUUUCCUUUUGCUUCCCUCUACUACAUCCUCCCUAAAGCCCCUUCUGUACCUGCUGUCGACCUCUAAACAUAUACCCUGUCCACUUUGCUGCCAAACCUGUAACCUAAACACCCCAAAGAUGCCGAGCCACAGUGGCCCAAAGAGAAACUCUCUCAACUGAAAGUAGGAGAGAGCCCAAACUAAGUCCUCUCUACCACAGCUUUCCUCUUUUCAUAUUGUUCUUAAACUCUUUUCUGGUCUUUCCUUUCUUGUUGAAAAGAGCUCCUCUCCCUAUUCCGUCAAACACCUUACUACAACCAAACACCACCUUGAUAAAAAAAAAACAACCAACCAGAUGCCACAGAGGCCAAAGAGCAUUCUCCAAGUAUGUGACCUCACUGCCCAGCUAGACCUGCAGUCUACCUCUCAGUCUGCAUGACAGACUCACAGUGGGCCCUCCACCAGACAGUGCUAGAUGACUAGCUGUGUAGCAUGUAGUGCCAGUCUGUAAGAGGCUGGAAAAGAAAUUGUCAAAGAGAUUUUAGUGUAAAUAGAGAGCUCCAAAAGAUAAACUUGAAGAAAAAACAAAGCAGUUAACAGUGGAUGAAGAAGAAGAAGAUGAUGAAAAAAACUAACAACGGAAAAAUAUCCUUGAAAUAGACGGAGGUAUUCGCAUAGAGCUUUUGUAAAGACUGACUCAGAUUCCAAAGCUCGUAACCAAAAUUUUACAUGUCUGUGGAUUUAGUUUCAACACGUUUGUUUUCAAUAACAAACUGCAGAGCUGACGUCUGUACGGUGAAUGGGUGAGAUCUGCAGCUGGCAAAAGUAAGCCGAUUACCAAAAGACUGAUACGGUGCCAAAAUGCAGCUUCACCCACCACAAGCCAAUGAUGAGUCUUCUGUUGUACAUGUACACCUUGUAUGUUCCUUUAGUGGAUAACAGCCCAAAUAGCACAGAACAUAAAGGCCAGUUUGUCCUGAACGGGGCAAACUAUUUUUUAUAGCACUCAACCAUUAUACUGUAUAUGAAAACUUUAACCAAACUCAAAUUUACAUUGUGUGUGUUUAGUAAUAGUUUCUUAAUAUAAAUCUUAUGGAUUGAGAUAAACUGUCUUGCUUCGAUAUAAUAGUGUCAUGAUUAUGAAAAGAUUAUGACAGCUUUGAUAUGUUCAGGCAAGGUGACUUACUGCCUUUCCGUUCUAUUUGAAUAUACCAAUGGCUGACCAAUGUUAUGUGAUUAAUGUAAAGCUUUCUAUGCUCAGGUCAACAGCUCAACAUGGCUCCUCCGCUUCAAAUGUGAUCUUAAUACUGUACUUUUCUGUUUUUAAAACAGUGGAGGCAUGGUUUAACCUUGGUCUAAGUAUUAAAAGAUAUCUACAAAAACAUCUGUAUUUCAAAGAUCUGAGCUUUUCACCUCUGAGUAAUAGAUUGUUACAAAAACCUUAUUGAAACUAAAAUGUUUAAUAGUGUGAGGGGUAAAUGUACAGUAUUUAGCUUUUGUAUGGUUGACUCAAGACUUCAUUGGAUGAUUGAGACAUAGCUCCCUUUUCCACUUACAGAAAGGGAGCUACUGCGCAAUGCUGAGAAAAACUUUGGAUGUUAUUGAUGUUAUUUUUGUACACUUAAUUUAUUUUCCCUCUUUCUCCCUCCCUACCUACUUUCCUCUUUUGCUCUCUACCUUUCUUCCUGUGUUCAUUUGCAACCAGUCCUUAUUCUAACUGUAAUAAUGAUAAUAUAACAAUAAUAGCUAAACAAUAAUUAAUGCUUUAAGACAAAAAUCCAAAGACGUGAUAAUACUUUAACCAUAUGACCUACAGAAAUAAGCGCUACUGUUUACUUGACGAUGUAUUGCUGUUUUUAAAGAAGGAAGGAGUCCCUAUAUCUAAGCUACUGUUUUCUGCCUCUCAUAAGCACACUGGAGACUGUAACCAAAACCCCAAACUAGAGCCAUGGCAGUCUGUAAUAUAGCGGUUAAAGAGUUUUACUUCUCUUGAGAAAUGUUGCAGUUUAUUUUUCUUUCUUUUUUACCAUAGUGUUGAACUUCAGCCCUUAAGGAUGUCCAGUUUGCUGCUAAUGUACUGUAGUUUCUAACGAUACUGUAGAAAGAUGCAUGCUCUGAUCGCUUUACCACUAGGCUUUAAUGACUACAAACUGUAAUGAUACCUGUGAUGCUGUUGAUAAACUGCUCCUCUGUUAUUCUGUUGAAAACAAAUGGAUAUGUGGGGCUCAAUUCCAUCAGGUUUGUUUUUCAGUAUCCUAUUAAUUACUCCUACUCAAAAAAUAAAAAUUUCGCUUUCGUAAUACCAGAAAUAUUUUUUCAAGCUUCCAGUUUUAGAGAAACCUGCUUAGGGCAUUACCUUCUCAAUAUUUAUGGAGAUACUGCAUAGCUAUUUGAAGGAGUUUAGCCCCAAACCUUCCACUGGUAUGGUGUCAGUCUUUCUGUGUUGUAAUGUCUCUAGUCCAUUUGUCCAGCUUAAACAGCUUUGCUGAACUCAGACUGACAUCACAGCCAACUUUCCAAAGGAUGUGGACUGACUAACUCUGUCAUGUUUUGUUCUUAAACUAACCAAUGUUUACGACAAUACCAAUGAGCUUUCUUCUGUACAGAAAUGUGCAUUCCAAAUACCACAAAGGCAGUUUUUUGUAUACUGAUUAUUUUAAAUUUAAUUUCUGUCGUAUUCUCUUGAUCUUAGUGACUGUAAGAUGUACAUAUUGGGGUCCUCUAUGGUGAAGGGACUCUGUUAUCCUUACUGUAGGUAAAACCAUUCUUUUCAUUUUUUUCUGGAUAUGUUGUUGCCAUAGUGAUGACCAAAAAGAUACCUGUGAUGUGCACCUGUCCUUAUGUCCUGCUCCAGUGGUUUAGUGUGUCUCUAUACUCUCCUUUCCCAAGUUCUCCCUUACUGGUGUGUGUUUCUCUUCCUUUCCCUUCCCAUACUCCACUGAGCUAAAUAAAGUCUGCUUUGGUGCA